CCCGGAUGCUUGUCAGCGCGAGCCACCGUGCAGGCAAGAAAGCACUGAGUGUGAACGUUGUGACAGCGCGUGCUACGAUACGUCUUAGAAAACACACACAUAUUUAUAUAGAAAAGAGAAAUACUGGAGAACCCAGCACCAUGCACGCGCCUGCUCUGCUUGCUUUGACCUGCACGCGAUAUUAUUCAUCUUAAGGUCGGCUGCCCCAUCUCCUUUCUUCGUCUUCAAUUCACACGUCACUGUCACUGCCUGAGGAUAGAUAGCCAUGGCACAGUCUUUUCUUAGCUCUGCUGUUUUCCUUCUAUCCUUGUACCUUUUCCUCUUUCUCUUUCCAUCCUGCACCCCUGAGUCCCAAAGAGAAGAAGAGCUGGGUGUAACCCCUACAGUGACAGAGCCUUAUGAUAAUUUGUUUCCCAGUUCUAAUGCUAGUUCAAAGCGAUGUGGUGAGGUGGUGGAGUGUGCACCAGGUAUCCUCCUGCCCGUGUGGAAGCCUAACAACCCUGAAAUUGGGGAAAAGAUUGCCCGAUCCAUUGUCUACUUCGUCUCCCUGAUGUACAUGUUCCUGGGUGUGUCGAUCAUCGCCGAUCGCUUUAUGGCAUCCAUUGAGGUUAUUACAUCACAGGAGAAAGAAGUUACAAUAACCCUGCCCAGUGGAGAGACGACAGUGGCUACCGUACGCAUCUGGAAUGAGACAGUGUCCAACUUGACCUUAAUGGCACUGGGCUCCUCUGCGCCUGAGAUCUUACUGUCAGUCAUUGAAGUUUGCGGGCAUGGUUUCAAAUCUGGCGACCUGGGUCCCAGCACAAUCAUCGGCAGCGCCGCCUUCAACAUGUUCGUCAUCAUCGGUAUCUGUGUCUGGGUGAUCCCCAAUGGAGAAGUGAGGAAGAUCAAACAUCUGAGAGUCUUCUUUAUUACCGCCUUCUGGAGCAUCUUUGCAUACAUUUGGCUUUACCUAAUACUCGCAGUCAUCUCACCUGGAGUCGUCGCGGUUUGGGAGGCCCUGGUCACUCUAUCCCUGUUCCCAGUGUGUGUGAUUUUGGCCUGGAUCGCCGAUCGCCGUCUCCUCUUCUACAAAUACAUGUCGAAGCGCUACCGUGCUGACAAAAGGACCGGGGUUGUCGUGGAGACGGAAGGGGAAAUGUCCCCUAAAGGAGGGGAUAUGAUCGUGCGUGGGAAGUUUCCACCAAGUGCGUCAGCUGGAAUUAUUACACUGGAACACUGCCAGGAUGGGCCUAAUAACAGUGCUGGCACCAUGGCAACGCUGCUGAAAUCCAACAGCGCCACCAUUACCAUGGAAAGCACCAAAGAGCUGGAUGAGAGCCGCAAAGAGGUUAUUCGUAUCCUGAAGGACCUGAAGCAGAAGUAUCCCAAAAAAGAUCUGGACCAGCUAAUGGAGCUGGCCAACUAUUACGCCCUUCUGCAUCAGCAAAAGAGCCGCGCCUUCUACCGCGUCCAGGCCACGCGCAUGAUGAUAGGAGCAGGCAAUGUGCUGAAAAAACAUGCGGCAGACCAUGCUCGUCGGACAGCCGUUAAAGACGCCGACACAUCCGAGCCGGACGACUACGCCACGUGCAGCCGCAUCUCAUUCGAGAGCAGCCACAGCCAGUGCAUGGAGAACUGCGGAACAGUGAACUUAACCGUGGUGUGCCAGGGGGGAACCGGCGAGAACACCUUUUACGUGGACUACUGCACGGAGGACGGCACGGCCAACGCCGGAUCGGAUUACAAGUUUGUCGAGGGCACGCUGGUCUUUAAGCCAGGAGAGACCAGGAAAGAGAUCAAGGUCGGAAUUAUUGACGACGAUAUCUUCGAGGAGGACGAGCACUUCUUUGUGCGUCUGCUUAACCUGCGAGUCGGUGACGCAGAAGGCAUGUUUGAAAGCGACGAGGCCGGCGAGGUGCCCAAGGGCCGGUUGGUGGAACCGCUGGUCACCACGGUGACCAUUCUGGAUGACGACCACGCGGGCAUCUUUACGUUCAGCGAUUCCGUUAUGCGGGUGAGCGAGAGUGUGGGAACCAUGGAGGUGACGGUGGUAAGGAACUCCGGUGCCCGUGGAACUGUGAUCCUACCCUAUCACACCGAGCCAGGGAAAGCCCAGGGAGGAGGCAUCGACUAUGAAGAUGCAUGUGGGGAGCUGGAGUUCACCAACGACCAGACCACACAAACCAUUCAGAUCCGGAUCAUUGACGACGAAGAAUACGAGAAGCAUGAGAACUUCUACAUCGUCCUUGAGGAACCAAGGUGGAUGAAGAGAGGAAUCUCUGCUCUGCUGCUUAAUCAAGAGGAUCAGGAAGGGCAGCUGAGUACUGAAGAAGAGGAAGCCAAGAGGAUAGCUGAGAUGGGGAAGCCAGUUUUGGGCGAGCACAGCAGGCUGGAGGUGGUCAUCGAAGAGUCGUAUGAGUUCAAGAGCACAGUAGAUAAGCUGAUAAAGAAGACGAACCUGGCGCUGGUCAUCGGCACGCAUUCCUGGAGGGAGCAAUUUGUGGAGGCGGUGACAGUCAGAGCUGGAGACGGCGAAGACGAGGUGGAGGGCCGCGAGCAUCCGCCUUGUUGCUCCGACUACGUCAUGCACUUCCUGACAGUGUUCUGGAAGGUGGUGUUCGCGUGCGUUCCUCCCACUGAGUACUGGAAUGGCUGGGCAUGCUUCAUGGUGUCCAUCACGGCCAUUGGCAUGCUGACGGCCGUCAUCGGAGACCUGGCCUCCCAUUUCGGGUGCACCGUAGGGCUCAAGGACACGGUCACGGCCGUGGUGUUUGUAGCUUUGGGGACCUCCAUUCCAGACACGUUUGCUAGUAAAGUGGCCGCUACGCAGGACCAGUACGCAGACGCGUGCAUCGGCAACGUCACAGGCAGCAACGCCGUCAACGUAUUUCUGGGCAUCGGCGUGGCCUGGUCAGUCGCUGCAGUCUACUGGUCAAUCAAAGGGAAAAGUUUUAGAGUGGAGCCCGGCUCGCUGGCCUUCUCAGUCACCCUCUUUACCAUUUUCGCCUUCAUCUGCAUGGCCGUUCUGCUCUUCCGGAGACGGCCGUCCAUCGGGGGCGAGCUAGGGGGUCCUAGAGUUUCACGCAUCCUCACCACCCUCCUGUUCUUCGGCUUGUGGCUUCUUUACAUUCUCUUCGCCAGCCUGGAGGCCUACUGCCACAUCAAGGGCUUCUAAAUCUUUCUAGGUCAUGCACGAGAAGAUAUUAAACACAAACUCCACAUCGUACUACAGAGGCGGCUCAGGUGGCUGAAAUUAGUAAGUCGUGCAGGGAGUGAAUUUACAAAGCUUUUGACGGAAAAAAAGAACAGAGUCGCACACAAGGACAGUUGAGGAUAAUGAAGUGAAAAAAUAAUGCAUGAAGAAUGCUUAAAACUGGCCACAUUAUUAUAUAAAACUUUGCGAGAACGAACAAACUUUGAACUUUGGGGCCUUGGGAACAAAGGCGGAAGUGAGAAAAGGGGUUUGAACAAAACAAAAAUGGUAGACAAGUAUGCUCUCUCCUAUUUAUGUCUCCUAGAUACUAUAAUAUUACAACAAACUAAUUGCAAUGUCAUUGUAAUUUUAAAUUAGGGUCCAACAUGAAUUGGGUACGAGCUAAACUGGUACUUUUUGUGUGUAGGAAGGUGUGUAUUAUACGAGUUUUAGUCCCACGUAAAAAGAAAUAUGCAAAAAAAAAUCUACGAUUACGAGAGUAAAGUGAUAAUAUUUUGAGGAGAAAAGUCAAAUUUA